AAAAUGCUUCAAAAUUCACAAAAAGACGCCAUUACUAUUGCUCUCUAUUUCCAAACUUCGCGAGACUUGAGUCGUGCAAUGACGUAAUCAGAAAAUGGCUACUCAGUCAAAGGGAUUAUAAGAACAACACCUGGUAUUUUCAACCAAACAAUAACACCUAUUAUAAAGGUUUGACCUCGGCGUGACCCUGGAAGCAGUGAUGUCACAGCAGGCCCACAGCGAGCACCUGUUGGAGCAGCUGCGUUGGCAGCGGGAAAGCAACGUUCUGUGUGACAUCACGGUCGUUGUGGGCGACACACUGUUCAGAGCGCACCGUAAUGUCCUGGCGGCGUUCAGCGGGUUCUUCUCGGCACUGCCUGACAGAGGUCACCGGGUCACGACCCUUAACCCUGAGUUUGUCAGUGAGCAGGCCCUGGACAUCCUGCUGAAAUACAUCUAUACUGGAGAACUACACACUGACAGUGAGGGGUCGGAGGCUGUGCUGAGAGCGGCGGUAUUCCUGGGGAUGAGGGAGGCAGAGCGUCUCCUGAAAGACAAGACAGACAGCCAACAGGAGACGAGGAUAGAGUCAGCCCCACCCACCCCCUCCGCUCCCUCACCCCCCUCCCCUCUCUUACCCCCCAGCCCAGAGGCAAUCAAACCUCUGUCUGGAGUGGGGUCGGUAGAGAAGGAUGAGGAGAGGGAAGAUCCAGAGUACACCCCUCCCUCUCCAAGCCCCCCAACAUCCCCCCGAAGAGGAGCCAGGAAGAGGAAGGGGAGAAAGCCCAAGGCCUCACCUAGAAACCAGACCUCACCUAGAAACCAAACCUUGCCAAGUAGCCAAACAUCAGCUAGCCAUGAUGACAUCCCAGAUGACGCAAAAGUCACCCAGCCUCAGAGGGGUAGGGGGAGAGGCAGGGGGAGAGGGAGGGGGAGAGGGAGAGGGAGAGGAAGGGGUAGGGAUCUGUCGUUAGAAGAGUCAGACCUUCAGAUCGUCGAGGAGAACCAGUCAGACCUCAGCCCAUCGUCACUGAAACUUGUCAAGAGGAAGAGGAGGAGCAGUGGAGAGAGGAGAGGAGGAAAGAGAGGGAGGGGCAGAGGAAGAGGGAAACUGAAGGAGAACCGAUCAAGCGAUGGAGAGGGGGAUGAGGGAGAGAGGGGGAGGGAGGGAGAUGAGGAGGGGAAGGCUGGGUUGAAGAGCCAGCAGGUGAAAGAGAAGCCAGUGUGUGCUGAGUGUAACAAAGAGUUUUCUGAGAUCAGUAGUCUGAGGAGACACAUGAGGAUCCAUAAAGGAGUAAAACCUUUCCAGUGUCUCUUCUGUCCCCGAGCUUUCACACAAGGAAACCAGCUCAAGACUCACCUCCGUAUACACACAGGAGAGAAGCCAUUUGGAUGUUCUCAGUGUGACAAGGGUUUUGCCCAGAAGUGUCAGUUGGUGGCUCACCGUCGAAUGUACCACGGAGAAGAGAAACCUUACACCUGUGAACAAUGUGGGCUGCAGUUCGCUACCUCAUCUAACUACAAGAUACACAGCAGGAAGCACAGUGGAGAGAAGCCGUAUGUGUGUGAACAGUGUGGUAAGGGUUUUGCCCAGGCCAGUACUCUUACCUAUCACAUGAGGAUCCACACAGGAGAGAAACCUUACCAAUGUGACGCCUGUGGGAUGGCCUUCUCCGUCUCUUCCUCUCUCAUCACACACAAACGCAAACACACAGGUGAAGCUCCACACGAGUGUCUGGUGUGUCAGAGGGCCUUCAUUACCAAACGAGAACUCAACAAACACUCUCGCAUCCACACCGGUGGAGGGCCAGCUGUUAAGCAGCGUGUGACAUGUGAGCUGUGUGGAAACACCUACGCUGGCAUGAGCAGCCUGAAGAAACACCAAGAGAGACAACACUUAGCUCCAGUGGCUGUUCCAGAAGGUGUUCUCCUCCACAACAUUCCUAUUGACCACCAGGGAAUGAUCUCCCGCGAUGCGCCCAGCCCUGUGCCUGAGGAACCAGACAACCCUAACCCUGACCCCGAGGAACCAGACAACCCUGACCCUGAGGAACCAGACAACCCUGACACCGAUUACAACCCUGACCCCGAGGAACCGGACAACCCUGAGCCUGUGACCCCUAACUUGAGCCCUAACCCUCUCCGUGUUCUAGUGGAGCAGCUGCAUACAUCUUCCCUCUCCUUCUCUUCCCCAGCCUCGCCUGCCGAAAAUAUGGAGCAGAUCAUCAUCAUUAGAACUUUGGACAACGACCUCUGCCCUGACUUGACCAACUCUGACCCCUCACUCUAACCCAGACCCUAACGUUACUCUCAGGCUUGGAGUCGAUCCACCGUUUCAACUGGAUCACCUGGACCUACAGGAUCCAACAUGAAUCAGCUGUAGUCAGAUAUAUAACUGUGUGAAUAGUGGCGAUGUUGACAAACGUUGAUAUGUCAUGUAAUUCUCUCCGUCGCCGAUCUAAAAGUAUUUUAUUUUUAUGCUGUUUUAAAUUGCUAUUGCUGUAUACAGUUAAGUGAGAUAGUCACUGAGGAUCUACCCACAGAAAAGCCAGGCUCACCGUUUGCUGGCUUUGCAUUUCUCUACACAGCCAUUCCUGAUGGUUCUCUGUUCAAUGUUCUGGUUUUAAACCCACGUCUCAGUAACAUGGGGCUUAUGUCUUAUGGAAGCUAGAGGUAACAUUGAGAUUGGAUGGUUAUUUAUGAAAAGUUAAUGUGUUUUUUUCAAUUCAACAGCUUCUUUAUUCUGAGGAAUAAAUAUCUGAAAUCUU